AGGGAGUGUCUGAUUAUUAUAGUAGCCAGCUCACAAGGAAAGGGCAGCUCAAUUAAGUCAAGAGAUUGGUGCUAUAGCUAGCUAGCUGUAUAGUGGUGUAGGGAGACUGUGUUACGUGGACGUACAAGCAUCAGAGGCGCAGCAGCAGGGUCAAGACUUGCUGGAUGGAGUAAUCGUUUAUUUACGGCCAAAGAUAAACACUAGGAUCAAAGGAGCUAGCUCAAUAUAACAACAAACACGUCCAUACACAGCCACAGCCACUAGUCUCGCGGGCCAACCAGCCACACUGCACUGAGGGUCAAAGAUGGCUUGCUUCAAGAGUGAAGAGGAAAGAGCACAGUCGAGAAUUAAUCGUGAAAUAGAACGAGAGAUUGCACGAGACAGUAGAGAGACCAGACGGGAGAUAAAGCUGCUUCUCUUGGGUACUGGAGAGUCUGGGAAGAGCACGUUUAUCAAACAAAUGAGAAUUAUUCACGGCGAUGGAUACUCAAAACCAGACCGACAAAAGUUUAUCGUACUAGUCCACAGAAACAUCUACACUGCAAUAUUGGCACUGGUAGAAGCCAUGGAAGCUCUAUCUAUCCAGUAUACCACAGCCGAUCUAAGAGAGUCGUCCAAAGACCUGCUCUCUGUUAAUGCUGACACAGCAGUCUCCAUUUCAUCGUCACACUCUCAGCUGAUACGGUUGCUAUGGGCUGACCCGGGACUCCAGAGUUGCUAUGUGAGAAGGAGAGAAUUUCAACUCUCAGACUCAGCCAAAUACUAUCUAGAUGACCUGGACCGGAUCUGUGCCGAGGAUUUCCUACCCACCACCCAGGACGUGCUCAGGGUUCGUGUACCCACCACCGGGAUCAACGAAUACCUCUUCACCAUCAAUAGAGUCAUAUUCAGAAUGGUGGAUGUCGGAGGUCAGAGGUCAGAGAGACGAAAGUGGAUCCACUGUUUUGAACAUGUGACGUCAGUCAUGUUUCUGGCGGCAUUGUCUGAGUACGAUCAGAGCUUGGUCGAGUCGGAUGAGAGUGUGAAUCGAAUGAAGGAGAGCUUAGCGUUGUUUGAGGCAAUCGUCAGUUACCCCUGGUUCAGGAAGUCAUCCAUUAUCCUGUUUCUGAACAAGAAGGACUUGUUGGAAGAGAAGAUAAUGGUGUCACCUCUCUCUGGCUACUUCCCCGAGUACACUGGCCCUCAACAGGACUACCUUCAGGCUCGAGAGUUCAUAGCACGGAUGUUUAUCAACGUCAAUCAGGAAAGGUCACCUGACAUCUACCCACACUUCACCUGUGCCACUGACACUGAAAAUAUCAAGUUUGUUUUUGAUGUGGUUAAAAAUCACAUUCUCCAACAGCAUAUCGUCGAAGUGAUUCCCGGGCUCUGAGGCCACGCCCAUAUGCCACACCCCCUAGCUAUAUAUGGACAUUUGUUUUUGAGUGCUUAGUUUGUCACAUGAUUACUUACGUAGGCUACUGUACCAACACUAUAAUUUUAUGGAGAUGUCGAAUUCUUAAAUUCUUUAAUUUUGCACUGUUUUAAUGUAAUUAUUUCAUGAGCUAAUUUUUAUAUACAUGUACUUGUUUUGCCAAUUAAUUUUAAUUCUUAA